AUGUUUGGAGGCAGUCUAUUGGGCUGUCCUUAGACAUACGUGUUUAAGGCCCGAGUCCCAGUAUGCUGUUUUCCAGGAUGCGUUCACUAUACCUACUGUCGUUAGGCCAUCCCGUCCUGCGUUCAGAUGUUUGGAGGCAGUCUAUUGGGCUGUCCUUAAGCAUACUAGUAUGCUGUUUUCCAGUAUGUUUGAAUCUGUGGUGACGGAAUAUCUUGAAACAAAGCUUAACAAAAAUUGGUCUCUUUUCGGAAUUCUAGAAUUUGCGCGAUCGAAAUCGAACCCCAAAUUAUUUGUGGCCGCAAUUGAUGAUUUCAAAGAUGAUUUGUAUAAAAUAUUAAAAAAAUAUCAAGACAAGUGUAAUGUUCACGUAAAUGCCAAAAACAAGGCAUCAAAGAUUUUAUCGAAUUUUGAUUCAUCAUUUUCCACUGCCGAGGUUAAGCAAUUCAUUAAGAAUCUUGAAUAUCAUGAGGAAGCGCGAAUAAACGAUCAACAAGAAAACCAAAUAUUUAUUGAUCAAUUACGAAAAACAUCCUCGGAAAAGGAAAAGGAACGUGAAAAAACUACUAGACCACUCGAUGCGGAAGAAGACGAUGACCAUUCGUACAAACGUCAAUGUAAAGACGAAGGACUUCCAUUUUGGUGGAGGAUUAUAGAUCUAUCCGAUCCGGAAAUUGCAACUCUUAUACCAGAAGAUGAAUUAUCAGAAUUGAAUGCAAAAUUUUCAACCCUUUUAGAAAAUUGGACCACCUUAGAACCUAAAGCGGAGAGGUGCUUGCAAUCUCUCGAAAAGCUUCGCACUAUUGGAGAAAUACUUAGACCAAGAGGAAUGUACGGAGCAAUUCUUGAACUCCAAAAAUUUAUUGGAAAUAAAAAGGAGCAGAAAGCCUCGGAAUUAGACGAUUUAUUUGGAGAUGAAAAAGAAAUAGAUAAUCAUAAGGAAAUUUCACCGCUGACAGUUGACGAUCAUAUGAACCCAGAUGUUGCUUUUAUUUUUGAUUUAAUCCGGUUUACGUAA